AUGGGGAACCACGGCUCGAACCUGGAAGACAUCCUGGCAGAGGACAUGCACCACUGGUACAACAAGUUCAUGCGAGAGUCUCCGUCAGGCCUCAUCACGCUGUUCGAGCUGAAGGCCAUUCUGGGCUUGAAGGGCAUGAAUGAGGACGCCAACGGCUACGUGGACCAGGUGUUCUACACCUUCGACAUGGAUGGGGACGGCUACAUAGACUUCGUGGAAUAUAUCGCCGCCAUCAGUCUGAUGCUGAAAGGAGAAAUCAACCAGAAACUAAAGUGGUACUUCAAACUGUUUGACCAGGACGGCAACGGAAAGAUCGACAAGGACGAACUGGAGACCAUCUUCUCGGCCAUUCAGGACAUCACACGGAACAGAGAUAUUGACCCAGAAGAGAUCGUCGCACUCAUAUUUGAGAGGAUAGACGUGAAAGGAGAAGGUAAAGAAAUCCCAGUCAACUAAACAUGUACAAAUUUAACUCACCCAUUAAAACCUCUGUCUUCCACCUCUGACCAGGUGAGUUGACACUUGAGGAGUUCAUCGAAGG